AUGAGCAACGCAGAGAUCCAAGGGGCGAGCAACGGUGAUAACGUCGAGCCGGUAGAGACGACCCCAUUGCUAUCUCAUACCGGCCCUCAAAAGCCGUACUCGGUGUUUACGAACACCCAGAAGCGCUUGAUCAUUUUGGCAGCUGCUAUAGCAUCCACUUUCUCCCCUCUAUCAGCCAACAUCUAUUUUCCAGCGCUCAACUCCAUAGCAAAAGACUUGGGAGUUAGUCCUUCGCAAAUAAACCUGACAAUCACCACGUACAUGAUAUGUCAAGGCCUCGCGCCUAUAUUUACAGGGUCUCUAGCUGACCAAGCAGGCCGCCGACCGGCGUAUAUCAUAUGCUUUGUUCUGUAUAUCGUGGGCAACAUUGCUCUUGCCCUGCAGCACUCGUUCCUUGCCCUCCUCGUGCUUCGUGCUAUCCAAAGCUGCGGGAGUAGUGGAACCGUCGCCCUUGCAUCAGCCGUGGCCGCAGACAUUAUCACAUCAGCCGAGCGAGGGACCUACAUGGGUUUGACAUCUCUGGGGAAUAUUCUAGCUCCCUCGCUGGGCCCCAUAGCUGGGGGCUUGUUGACCCAAUACUUGGGCUGGCAAGCCAUAUUCUGGUUUUUGGCUAUAAUAGCGACUGUAUUCUUUGUGGUACUUUUGCUAUUCUUCCCCGAGACUUGUCGAGUUAUCGUUGGUGAUGGUUCGAUUGCCCCCUCUGGCUGGAAUCGACCGCUUUGUGAUUGUGUCAAGGCAUCUCGAUCAUCAACAACUACAUCUUGCGUGACCAAGUCCUCAAAUUGCCGGGACAAACACCUUUCAAUCCCAAAUCCCUGGCCCUCGCUGAGGUUACUCUUCCGACUCCCCGUCGGGCUAGUGCUUCUCGCGAAUGGUGUCAUCUUCGGUAGCUAUUACGCUGUUACUGCUGGAAUGCCUGCUCAAUUCGCGAAGCUGUAUGACUUGAAUGACUUGCAAGUGGGGCUUUGCUAUAUCCCCGCUGGUUUAGGUUCCUUGCUUAGUGCAACUGCAAACGGAAUUUUAGUUGACUGGAAUUAUCAAAGGAUCUGUACGAAGGCGGGAAUCUCACUGGAGCAAGAUCAUAAAAAUCACUUGCUAUCAUUUCCAAUAGAGAAGGCAAGGCUGCAGAUUGGAAUACCUAUGACUGUGAGCUCACUUCAAACUUCCCGUCCGUCUCUAUUUUAA